AUGGCUCCGGCCACUUCUUUUGGCAAAACCGAAUGGUUUCAGACUUCGAAGAAAGAAGGCAACUCCCGGUUUAUUUGGAUUUAUGGGAAUCCGACGAUCAAAUCUGGAUGCUACGAGUUCCAUCCAGAUCUACAGGAUCACAUUGAGGAAGCGUAUCUGGCAGAGAAGAAGACGUGCAAAGUGUCAGUUUUUGGAACGGUUUGGACACUGGAUUUGAAGAAUAUGAAGGAAUCGAGUAAGACUAGCAAAGCUAAGCCAGAAAUCAGAAGAGUCCGCACCUCUCAACUCAAAAAGCUCAAAUGUAUCGGUGUAGCUGGCGCAAAAUACGCAAAAACCUCGGGCUUCCAACAAUCCGACGAUAUCUGUGCCGUCUGCUACGACCCCUCCACUAUUCCAACCCGAAUCGAAAAGUGCGGACACAUUUUCUGUUUUUUGUGUCUCAAAACAAAUUAUAUUUUGGGCAACGGUUGUCCAACGUGCCGGGGAGCUAUUCCCUAUAGUAUGUUUCAGAAGCCAAUCAGAGCUGAUAUCGAUUUUCAUAUCGAGUGUCCUUUGGAGUACGCGGUCGACUGUGCAAAAAUGCUGGGUCCCGAUCCAAAAAAGUCGGAAAGAGAAAGCUCAGAAAAGUAUUACUGGCUCUAUCAGUCGAACCAUUCGGGAUGGUUUCGAUACGAUCCGAAGACCGAAUACUUCAUCGAGGAGAAUUUCAAGCGGAAGAAUAAGAGUUGUGAGGUCUACAUUUGCGGUCUUAAAAUGACGAUCAACUUCAAAAGGAGCACUCAGGAGAUUCAGGGAAAAAUCCGCAAGCGAAAAAUCAAACGAAUCGCCGCUUCCGACGUCUAUAAGCAGCACGAUCUGAAAGGCAUCGCCGGAAUUCGCACGCUCAACUAUCCGAUCUCGUAA